AUAACCACUACUACACUACACUACAAUCAAUCUACUACUCUCUAUUACCUUUCUCAAUACCAACACUACACACCAACAACCACAAUGUCCUCCACCGACUCCCCCAACAACAACAACACAACCACCACCACCUCGACCCUUAAAUCCUACGUCGACCAAGCAACCGGCAUGGUCCAACGCGCCGCUGGCUCCCUAACCGGCGACUCCUCCACCCAGUCCACCGGCUCUGCCACCCAAUCCCGCGGCGAAGCCGAGCACAACGCCAGCCACAACAACUUCACCAAGCUUGGUCCCGUUACCGCUGACCCUGCCACGGGCGCUGCGGCCACAGACCACCCUCAGCGCAGCAACGGCAGCUGGGACCAGACCGUCGGUUCUGCGAAGGAGUCCCUGGGCAAUCUGAUUGGAAAUGAGGGGCUGAGGAAGGCUGGACAGGAGCAGAAUGCGGCUGGAAAGCAGGCCGAGGCGGAGGGCCAGGUGAGGGAUUGGAAGGAGGGCGUUGAGGGUAGAGCUAAGGGAGCUGUGGGGAAGGUCGCUGCUGCGGCGACGGGGGAUGAGGAGGAGGAGAGGAAGUGGAGGGAUGUGCAUGAUGAGGGGAAGGUUAGGGAGAGGGGGGUCGAAAGUGAGGUUCAGAAGAGGUAUUGAUCACUCCCUCCGGAUGAGAAAUGGAUGGAAGGGGGUUGAAGUUAUGUGAUACGACAGUUUGAUAUGGGAAUGGCGUUAAUUGAUUUGCUUUAUCAUGCCGUGUGGCUUGUACCAAUAUUACGCACUAUGAAGCAACCAAGGGUCUAUUUUUUAACGUAUUCAUAUUCAAUGUGGUACAUGACGAUGUAGUACAGAGAGG